AUUGGAGAGGAUUUCUUCCUCCCAGCAAAAGUUAUGGAGGGGUACAGAUUUUAUCAGGCUGUAUGGCAGCGUCUGCCAAAAUUUGUGCCCCCCCAUCUAUAAUGCACGUUAGCAGAGUUUUUCUUUGAAAAUAACUAAAAAUUAAAACAACAGAUAAAUAUACACGUCUUUGUCAGUAACAGCGUUUUCCAAAAAUUUGCAAGUCAGUUUUGGCCAACCUUUCGUGGGCCUAUUCGACUCCAACAUUGACACAUUUUUCCAAAAUCUUAGGUCACGUGGGUUUUCCUCGUCAAUUAUGCAAAUUAGUUGACGUUGUGCGCACGAACUGAGUGCCGCUGAGCUAACGAGAAGAUUACAAUUUGUUUUCGAAAAAUAACCAACACCACAAGAGGAUGGAACCAGACGAGUACAAGAGUUUGGUUGCAUAUAAACUAAAAGGCGAGUAUCCAGCGCUUUUCACGAAAAAAGAGAAAUUUCUUCUCCGAAGAAAACCUGCUAUUUACGACAUUUAAAGAGAAGCCAUUUCAAAGCGUUUCUACUGGCCAGGGAUGUCAUUGGACAUCAAUAAUUGGGUUUCCCAGUGCGCAGUUUGCCAGGCAAGUGCUGCAACAAUUAAAAAACCAGCGGAAUACAUUCCGAUAAAGGUUUCUCAGCCAUUUUAAUUGGGUGGGAUUGACAUUAUUGGGAAUCUUACUGAAACCAACAGCAGACAUCAGUAUAUUUGUGUUUUUAUUGACUAUUUCACAAAGUGGCCACAAGCCAUACCCUUUGAGGUCGAAAUCAGCCAAGGAAGUGACAAACUGUCUCAUAAAAUUUGUCCACCAGUUCGGAGCACCGAAAGGGGUUCUUAGUGACCAAGGCAAAGAAUUUGUCAAUUCUCUCAACAAAAUGGUAUGCAGAUUGUUAAAAGAAGGCUUGGUGGAGAGAAUGAAUGGCACCAUCCAGAGAGCCCCUCUGUAAGGUUGUUGGUGACCAUCCAGAAACGUGGGAUGAGUAUCUGGAUGAUGUGAUGUUUGGACUCAGAACUAAAAAGCAAAUGACCACCUAAUACUCACCCUAUUACCUGAUGUUUGGCAGAGAGGCUCGUUAUCCAUCCGAAAUCCCACAAGAGUACAUGGUUGACGAGAGUGUGGAAGUGGGGCUGGAAGAGCUGUCGCAAGACAUUCGAAAGCAUCAAAAGCUGUUGGAACUGCUGAAGGACAAUGUGGUCAAAGCACAGGAAAAACCAAAGGGCAAAAUAAAAAUGAUGAAGAGAGAUGUUGUUUUCAAAGUUGGUGACAAAGUUUUAACUGCUAACAUAAGAAGCCAGCAGAGGAAAGGGGGGAAAAUUGAAGCAAACGUUUUAGGCCCUUACAUCAUUACAGCAAUCCAAGGUAAAAGUGUGGAUCUUCAGGAUUCCAAUGGGACAAUCAUUCCAAAAGUACAUGUAGACCAACUAAAGUUAGCAAAGACAGUAUGCCAAGAGUGCCACAUCGGGGUUUAAAGGAAACAGCAGCCACAUUACUAAAAGCACAACCAGGUCCAGCAGCACCACAAGCUGCAGCAGCACCAGCAUCUGCUCUAGCUCCAAAGACUACAGCAGCACCAUUGGCAGGAGCACCACCACCUCCUAGAGCUCCACAGGAUACAGCACCAGUGGCAUCACUUGCAUCACCACCAGUGAAAACCCCACAACUAUCUCCAGUUCCACAAGGCAUACCAACAACAGUAUCAGAUCCAGGGUCAAGAGACACACUAAGAAAACGCACCACCAGAACCAGCCACAAUUGCUACAGCACAAGGACGCGCUACAGCUCUACAAACUAAAUCCCAAACAGCGGCAGACCCAGCCUCGCAGACCACAGCGGCAGACCCAGCCUCGCAGACCACAGCGGCAGACCCAGCCUCGCAGACCACAGCGGCAGACCCAGCCUCGCAGACCACAGCGGCAGACCCAGCCUCGCAGACCCAGCCUCGCAGACCACAGCGGCAGACCCAGCCUCGCAGACCACAGCGGCAGACCCAGUCUUGCAGACCACAGCUCCAAAAGCUACAUCACCAGUAGACUCAGAUCCACAAGCUACAACGCACAAGCCUCAGCUCCAUCUACAGCACAAACCGUAGAAGAAACAGUUCCGCUAGUGACAGCAGCACCAGCCACAGCCCCACGAGCUACCCCUGCACCACCUCCAGCAUCACCACCUCAAAGAUAUACUGAAGCUGUUGCAGAGAAAUAUAUAAUGGGUGCCUGGGCUGGAAAGAAUCCUCACAUUCUACUGUCAAAAAAAGGUGGUUACAAAUUAUUCUACUGAGAUAUCCAACAAAUUGGUCUUGACAUGGAGUUGGAAAGUGAGGGAGCUGCAGGGUGAGGAGGUGUGAGGGAGACAGCCAGCAGUGAAGAUGACCAGGCAGACCGAUGUCGACAUACCGGAAACAGGAGCCAUUUUCACAUUUGGAAGGACCAGCUUUGCUAAUAAUGUUCCCAGCAAGUUCUGGCUGAAGAAUGACCAUCCAAAGCACAUGUCAUGUGGCGGAGAGCACUCUGCUGUUAUCACAGAAAAUGGGAGGUUGCUGAUGUUUGGUGGCAACACGUGGGGCCAGCUGGGGUUGAGAAUUAAGCCUAGUGCUAGGAAACCAACCUCUGUGAAAGCCUUGAAGUCUGAGAAGGUGAAGCUUGCAGCUUGUGGGAGAGACCACACAAUUGUUUGCACAUUUCAUGGCAGUGUAUACAGUGCAGGUAGCAACCAGGACGGGCAGCUGGGUUUGGGCCAUUGUGACAAGUCUACAUACUUUCACCUGCUCCGCCCUUUCUGCGACUGGGCACCAAUCAAAAUGCUUUCUGCAGGAUGCAACACCUCAGCUGCCUUAACAGAGGAUGGGAGGCUGUUCAUGUGGGGGGACAACUCUGUGGGUCAGAUUGCUUUCGGCGACGAGGGAUUUGCCGCAGAACCCAGAGAGGUCCACGUUGGAGAAGCAGUCAUAUGGGUGUCCUGUGGGUACAAGCACUCGGCUUUUGUGACAGUUUAUGGUCGUCUCUACACAUUUGGUGAGAGUGCGAAUGGAAGACUCGGUCUUCAGAAGGAGCAGCUGGCCAAUCACAGAGUUCCUCAGCAGGUGCAGGGAGUCCUGGGUCAUGUCACCCGAGUGUGCUGUGGAGGGGAGCACACAGUGGUCCUCACAGAGAAGAACGUGUACACAUUCGGCAGGGGUCAGUACGGUCAGCUGGGCCACGGAACAUUUCUGUUCGAGGUUCAUUUGCCAAAAGCGCUGCAGCACUUUUGUAACAGCAAGGUCAGACACAUCGCGUGUGGAGAGAACCACACCGCUGUGGUCACCGACAACAGGCUGCUGUACACGUUUGGUGAUGGUCGUCAUGGAAAACUCGGGUUAGGGGAGGAAAACUUCAUCAACCAGUUCAGCCCGACACUCUGCACACGUUUUCUUCAGUACGCUGUUCAGUCAGUGUCCUGCGGUGGUCACCACAUGCUGGUCCUGGCUACACCCAGACCAGCAGAGAGCCAAGAAGUGGUGCCAGAGAAGGAUGUCUUAAUCACAGAUGACUUUCUGGAGUCAAGUUUUACCAAAAUCAUCUUUAAAAACAAGUUCAUCAAUCCAACUCCACCAUCCCCACUCUCAGCCCUCUCAGCCCGGGCACGCCACCGAGACAGAGUUCGUUCUGUGGAGUUGUUUGGGGAUAAGUUUCAGAGCCUCCCACGGCUUAACUCUGACUUUCUCAACACAUCUCGGCAAACAUCCAGAAAUUCCCUAACCCUGAAAACCCUUUCAAAGGAUGCUACUACUCCUUCAUCAUCCCCAAAACCAAAAUCAGAGGUGGCAGGAAGCCCACUUCUCUCCCCCAGAUCUCGAUCCAUAUCCCCUCAGAGUCCACUGAUAUCCUCUAAGGCAUCAAGCCCACAUUCACAAUCAUCAUUCACGCUUCAAAGUAAAGCAUCCACGUCUGCUUCUUCUAAGUCUAAAUGCAAAAAGGUGCCCUCUCCUUUGCUUUUACCAAAGUCUAUAACAAAAUUAAACCCCAGCAGUCCUGUAGCUACUAAAAUGACUGCAAAGCCUAGACUAAACCGAGCAGCAGCCCCUAAGAAGCCUCUAAGUAACAAAUUCUCAUCUCCUGUGCCACCUAAAGAGCCCUACACACCGACUAGACCCCCCAGUAAUGUUUUCAUUAAAAAUCUAAAGGAGGAAGAACAUCCUGCCCCAACACAAACAGAAAAUGUUAAGAGACAAAUAAUCACUGGAGAAGUGGAGGAGAAAGAAGACUCUGACUUUUCACCAUAUAUGGAAAAGAAAAAGGGCAGAGCUUUUAGACACGGAGUAAAGGAAGCAGAAGCAUUUGCACAACAGAUCCAGACCAAUGAGAAGACCGACCGAAACUCCCAUAAGGUUUUGCCAACAGAGCUUAUGAAGGGCCCCAGCACCUUGAAGACAGAAGUGUCUCAUCUGAAGAGCACAAAGAAAAAUCACAAAGUGACUUCAAACAGCAAAGAGAACAUCACCAAGGAGUCCAGCGACAUCAAACCUUCAGAAAACAGGCAAGCUCAAAAACAGCUCCCGCAUUUUAAAUCACCACAGCAAGAUAAGAGGAAACCGUCAGAGUAUAGCACAAAAACACAACAGACGCUGACAGACGCACAGGGGAGAGUGACUGAAGUGAAGCACAAGACAAGGAAAACUGAGGAUUUGAGAGAAAGUAAUAAACCGAAUGAAGAGGAUAACAGCUCUCUGAAGAAAGGCUUGACAAGGACCCCAAGAAAGGAGACAAAGAAAUCAUUAUCUUUAGAUCAGAAAUCUCCUUCUAUCAAGGUCAGUAAAGUGAAUCAAGCAGCCAAUCUAGCAUCCACAGAAAAUGCCGUAAAGGAAAAUGAAGCAACUCAGAGGGGAAGUGAUGACGUCAAACCUGUUGAAGUGGCGAGUCGGGGGACGCGGCGAGUCAAAUCGACUCUAACAAAAGAUCAGCACAAGGUUAAAUCUGUACCAGGAAAAGGUAACAGUGCAGCAGUGGAUGCUAAAUCACCAGCAACGCAGGAAGGAAACACAACACCUUUUAAGGCUGAAACCAAGAAAUCUGUCUCCAGAAAAACACCUUUGAAAGUUAAGGGAAAAUUGCAAGAGCUUAAACCAACACCAGUCAGGGAUCAAAGUAAAUGUGCAGAAAAUCCCUUCAUUGAAGGUGAAAGUAAAGAAAAGUGUGAGGAAAAUGAGUUAAAUUGUGCCAAGGAUGCCACUCUGAAGAUGAAAGGUGGGACUGUGGAUGAGCAGAAAUUGUCAAAAAUAAAGGACAAAAAGAUGGCAAAAGAAUCCGGUGCUGAACAGAGGGCAAAAACAAAACGAAGAGGAGGAGGCAAGGAAGAGGAAAUCAGAGUUAAAGAUGAGGAUGUUGACUCUGAGAAUAAGAUGAAGGCUAAACCAAAGAGUGAAGCUUCCAGCCUGCUGUCAUCUCAGCAGGAUACACCUACAGAAGUGAGAGGUAACCCAAUUUCCCCUCAAAGCCCAGAGGUGGAUUCUCUCAGAGCUGCAAAACCCCUGCAAGGCGCUGAGCCUGUUGGUAUGGAUUCCCGUGUUUCUGAAACAGAUGAAGAGGACACUCGGGGCAAGAAUGGGGAAAAAACAAAUUGGGGAGAAAUUCUCAGUAAUUCAGCGUCACUUCUUCCAGCUGCUGGGAUUGCAGGUGCAGCUAUUGAGGUCCUUCGUCAGGCAGUGACAAGUGUGCAGUCUGACAGUGACAAAGCCACCUCGACACCCUCUAAAACGCUCAGUAAUGUCAGACAAUUCACGAAGCAGAGUGCAGUUACGGAGCCGUCCUUGUCCUCCACAUUGUCACAUUUUUCUUCCUCGAAUGAAACGGAGGAUGGCCUGAAGACAGAUGCUCAAGCUGGUGUUCCAUCGGAAUCUGUAAAUGAAUCCCAAGAAGGAGAAAAUGAUGACAGCAGUCGUGAUCCAUCAGAGGGGGAGGCAGUGAAAGGGGGCUUGUCUGAGCAGAUCAGGGGUGAACACAUGGAGGAUUCACAAAAAGAAGUGGAGGAGAAAUCCGAAAAGGAAUCUGGAGAGGAUGAGGAUUCUGAGGAUGGGGGAAAGAAUGAAGAUGAAGAUGAAGACGUAGAGAGUGGAAGUGAUAGUGAAGAUAAAAGGGAAGAAUCUGAGAGUAGUAGUGACAAAGAAACAGGAGAGGAGAGCAAUACUGGAGAGGGAGAGGAAGUUAAUGUAUCUGAGGAAGAAGAGGGUGAGGAGAAAACAAGCAGGAGUGAUGAAGAUGAAGGAAGUGAUAAAACUAAUGCUGCUGAAACUGAAGGAGAGGAAGAAAGCAGUAAGAAGACAAGUGACGGAUUGAGUGACUCUGAUGUGAGUGAAGGAGCUGAGGAGGAAGAGGAGGAAGGUGAAAAUGAAGAGUCCAGUGAUGAAGAGAGUAAAGAGGAUAAAGAGGAAGAGAGCAAGAUGAGUGAGGAUGAAGAGAAGAAAAGCGGUGAUGAAUCAGAGAGCGAUGAGAGCACAAGCCGAGAGUCAGAGGAGGGGGAGGAGGACGAAGAGGAAGGAGACACUGCAGAAUCUGCCAAAACUGAAGGAGAAGAAAAUGAUGAAGAUGAAGAGGGCGAAACUGAGGAACACAAUGAUGCCUCCACAGAAAAUGAGGACGAGGAGAAGGACUCGGUGGAAGAUGAAGAGGCUGAUAAGAGUGAAGGAGAGCAAGACAGUGAUAAGGGAGAGGAGGAAGGAGAUAGCGGGGCUGAUGAAGAGGAACUCCAAGAUGAAAAAAGUGAUGAAGAAGAAGAGGAAGGAGGUGAGGAAAGGGAAGAAAGGGAGUCCGUAGGUGAUGGGGAAGCUGAGACAGAAGCUGGAGAGGAUGAGGAUAAAGAAGAGAGUGAGGAGGAGGAAGAGUCUGCAGAAGAGGAAGAGAAGGAGGAGGAGGAUACAGGGGACGAAGACACAGAAGCUGAGGAAGAAGAGGAAGAGAAGGAGGAGGAUGCAGGGGAUGAAGACACAAAAGCUGAGGAAGAAGAGGAAGAGAAGGAGGAGGAUACAGGGCACGAAGAAACAGAAGCUGAGGAAGAAGAGGAAGAGAAGGAGGAGGAUACAGGGGACGAAGAAACAGAAGCUGAGGAAGAAGAGGAAGAGAAGGAGGAGGAUACAGAAGACGAAGACAUAGAAGCUGAGGAAGAAGAGGAGGAGAAGGAGGAUAUAGGGGAUGAAGAAAAAGAAGCUGAGGAAGAUGUUACAGAGGAAGAAGAUGAGGAAGAGAAUGAAAGUGAGGAAGAGGAGAAACCAAAAGGAAAAAAUAAAAGCAUGGAGCCUGCUAAAAAAAAUCUGUUAGAGAGUGAUGAAGGGGAGGGGGAGGAGGAGGAGGGGGAGGGGGAGGGGGAAGGUGAGGAGGAAGGGGAAGAAGAGGAAGAACAGCAAAAACAGACAAGGCUAAGAGGAGAAAGGAAAGACAUGAAAGGUAAUGAUGAGGAAACUGAUGAUGAAGAAGAAAGGGAAGAAGAGAAUAAGGAAAGGGGAAACGAGAACCAGGAGGAGGAGGAGGCAGAAGAAGAGGGAAUUGAGGAAGAGGAAGAAGGAGAUGAAAAUGAAGAAGAGGAGGGGGAGGAUGAGGAAGAAGAAGAGGAAGAGGAGGAACAAGCAAAAUCAGCAAAGAAAAUAAAAGAGAAGCGACAGAAGCCGCCACCAGACAGAAGCGACAAACAGAAAGAAGCACCCAAACCAGCACCGAGGACCAGGCAGCGAGCUGCAGGGGAGGCGAAAGCUGAGGAGUCUCAGCAGUUCUGGAACGAUGUCCUGCCUCAAUACCUAGACCUGCAAUGACCACGCCCACAGUGAAGCCACACCCACAAAAAUCUCAGCUAAACACGAGCUUCGUCUCACGUUAUUCUUUAUGCUCUGAAAACACAUAACAAGUGUGUCUAAGCACUUUUUUAAAACCCUUACACUGUCCAAGGCAGUCAAGCCAUUUAUACUGCAAUGUAAGUUUUGUCAAGAACUAUUUUCACGUGCGUAUUGAUACACAUGUGGGGCACUUAGCAACACUAAAGUGGUGUAUUUGGGACUACUAGCUUGAGGGCACUGAUGCCAAAAUGUGAACACAUAGACUUCAAUUCAAUUCAAUUCAAUUCAAUUUUAUUUAUAUAGCGUCAAAUCGCAACAACAGUCGCCUCAAGGCGCUUUAUAUUGCACAGUAGAUCGUACAAUAAUAGAUACAGAGAAAAACCCAACAAUCAU